GCACAAGGAUGGCGUCGAGUCCUACGCUGCUUGCGUCUGUGUGUACUUCUAUUUCGGCGAGUUCAACGAAAUGUUCAAGUAUCGAUGGGGUUUGGAGGCUUCUUUUAACUUUCUAAAAUGCUUCCUCUUGUGCCGCUUCCCACCUAAAUUGGACAUUGCUUAUUGCGAGGCAUUUUCAUGGAUUAUGGGAGCGCCAACUACAAGCAGCACAUUCUGGCUACCUUCCCACGAGUCUCAUCAGGUAACUGUGAGCAACAAGUGGGCGGAUCAACCAUCAUCGGUGUCAACUGGUCGCACAAAUUGGCUGCCUUUCGACAGAACUUAUCAGGACUCUGAGAGCAGCACCUGGACGGCUCAUUUAUCAUCAGUGACGUCGUCAACACCUCGGCUAGAAAAGGAGCAGCACAACCAAGGAACCCUCGGAGGGCAUGGCACAUGGCCUGCAGGCAACAUGUCUAAGUCGGCAUUGCUGUUUAUGCUGAUAAACAUGGCAUUGACUACCGGCGAGCGCAGUCAGCUGUCCUCACCUUCUUGACAGUGACGUCAUAGAACUUCGACUAAUCCCAGCGGCAGCGAGACUCGCGAUGGUGGCCGCAGCGCCUGUUGCUUGUUUCCGGCAAAAUAAAGUUACUUUGCACUGGUUUA